CAACUGGAUCCCACCCCACCUGAGCCUCGCACUGCGUCGACUUCUCACUACGCUCGAUCAACCCCGAUUGCAGGAGAGAGAAAGAGAGAGAGGGGAAGUGAGUAGAGAAAGAGAGAAAGCUCGGAUGUAGCCGAGCUCCUCUAAUGGCGAAAUCGAAGACGAAGCAUCUCUCGUACAUCUCCUUCCCCUCUCAGAUCAUCCCCGCGCUCUCUUACUCCACCUUCCAAUCGCUCGUCGUCUCCCCUAAGAAGCUCCUCUCCUCCUCCGCCUCCUCCCGAUUUCGGAUCAAUCGCAUCGUCUCCUCGAGCCCUAGGAUCCUCCUCCUUCUCCUAGCCCUAGCUUUCCUCGGAACCCUCCGCCUCGGCCCGGUAAUCCCCUUCUCCCCCAUCCCCUGCGCCCAGGACGGCGUGCGAUCGUCGUCAUCAUCGUCCUCGUUUCCGGCGGAGGGGGAGUUUUGGAGGCAACCGGAUGGGAUGGGGUACCGACCGUGCCUGAGCUUCAGCGAGGAGUACCGGGGGGAGCCGCCGGAGGGUCGCCGGAAGUACCUGCUGGUCGUCGUCGCCGGCGGGCUCAACCAACAGCGCAACCAAAUCGUCAGCGCCAUCGUCAUCGCCCGCAUCCUCGGCGCCAUCGUCAUCGCCCGCAUCCUCGGCGCCGCCUUCGUCGUCCCCAUCCUCCAAGUUAACGUCGUCUGGGGCGACAAGAGUGGCCAAUUUUUUCAGGACAUUCGAUCACAGUUGGAAAAUGACUUCAUGAAAUCACUGCAGGCUGAGGUAACAGAUGAUUAUGAAGCGGAAGCUAUUAGACCAUUGUCAUGGUAUCCAGGGAACGUUGCAUGGCAUUUGAACUUUUCUCGUAUGCAACUUAGGAAGAACCAGGCACUUGAGAGGUUCCAUGAGUUUUUAAAGCAAGAGAAUGAGAUUGGAAACAUAACAAGGCAAGAGGCUAUCAGCAUGGUUCCUCCACUUUUCCUUGAUGUACUACCGGAUCACCACAUUCUUGACAGUAUGUUCUAUCUAUUCAUCAGAUAAGUCAUGUGCAUUAAUUGCUUUUUCAUCAUUUAAUUGUUAUAGACCAUCAUCUUUUUUUUUUCGAUGUCGUUAUAGUGUCACAUUACAUGCAUAUAUUGGUUUAGGAGUUCUAUGCCAUGCCCAAUACUAUAUUAUAUAUAUAGUUUCUUUUGCAUCAAAAAAGUCAUUGAGGACAAACUCAGAUUUUUGCGUUAAUAGAUUAUUUUGCAUGACCACCUCGACACCUUUAUUUUUAAGUUGGUUUACCCCCUUUGACUUUUUCUAUAACAUGUUUGCUAUUGAUAGGACUUUGCUAUAUUAAAGGACAGAGACCUCUCAUUUUGAGUCACAUUGCUUGAACAAAGUUAAUCUGAUGCAUAAAUACUAAGUCCUAUACUCUUUUCGCAUCAUGCAUUUAGCUUAGAUGCAUAUAAUGUGUAUUUUGCUGCAUUUAUCAACUACUUUUCCAUCGCAUAUUUCAGGCCCACUAUCUAUUGAGUUAUCAUAUAUUCUCAAUAUAAAAAUUGGAAAUAUUCUAAAGGACUUAUGUGAAUGUUAGUGUGAAGCAAAUCUAUGUGCAAAUCUAUGUACUAGAUUUCUUCGUAAGGUGUUCUAAUGCAUGAGUAGCUGUGCUGUUUAAUAAAAUUGUUAAUAUUCUUGUAAAAUUGAUCAAUGCCAAAAACCUCCUCUGAUUAUUUUUAGAUCCAAUUUCAUUGUUCCUUCUUUUUCCUAGCAUUUCUUGGAAAAUGGUAGACUCCAAAGCAGCCUACAGGGUGGAGGUAAAACUCAUUGCUGCUUCACAUCUCUAUGCAUCAAAUUGAAACUUCCCAAGUUUGCUAUUUUCUUGUUUAUCCUGGGGCAUUUUCUUUGGUAUGCUAUAUAUUAUUAUAUAGAGAUUAAUCCAUGAAACACUAGAUGAUAAUUUUAAGAAUUGUAAUGGAAUUGAUUGGUACUUACACUGUGACAUGAUUUCCAAUAGAAGAUGUAAUUUACCUGUGGGCCAUAGCUACUAUACAUUGGUACAAGAAUAGCAAGGAGCAGUGCAAGUUUGAUUUAUACAUUAUCCUGU